AGCCUCUCGAAAUCUGACAACCAAUAGAAGUUGGAGUUGGUCUCGCGAAGAUCAAAUUCUUCUCAGAAAUCUGAACAGAAUUAACAUUGACGCAGCAGACACUGUAGUAGCUGCAUUUCAAAACCGUGAUGGGUGCUCCGAAGCAGAAAUGGACUCAGGAAGAAGAGUCAGCUCUAAGGUCUGGCGUUAUCAAGCAUGGACCUGGCAAAUGGCGCACCAUUCUCAAAGACCCUGACUUUAGUGAAGUCUUGUUCCUGCGUUCCAAUGUUGAUCUUAAGGACAAAUGGAGGAACAUGAGUGUCAUGGCGAAUGGGUGGGGAUCGCGUGAGAGGUCUAGGUUAGCUGUUAAAAGGACGCUUUCUCUUCCUAAACAGGAAGAUACCUCACUUGCCAAUACUACUAGCCCAUUGCAGAGUGAUGAAGAAAUGGCUGAUGCCACUGGCACUUCUGCACCUAAUGUAAGGCUGGAUAGCCUUAUAAUGGAAGCAAUAUCUACCAUAAAAGAGCCUGGUGGCUCUAACAAAACAACAAUUGGUGCCUACAUUGAGGAACAAUAUCACGCUCCGCCAGACUUCAACUUGUUGCUGUCGGCUAAGCUAAAGUACUUGACAGGUUGUCGGAAACUUAUCAAGAUUAAACGCAAGUAUAGAAUUCCAAACUCCACUCCUUUGUCUUCCCACAGAAAAAGACAUUUGGGGACAUCGUCUGAGAAACAGAGAAGUCUCUCUUUGCCUUCACCUAAAACAGACAGAGAUGAAGUGAGUGUUGAGACAAACGCACAGAUUGAUCCGGAGUUAGCUAGAAUGAAGACUAUGAACGUACAUGAAGCUGCAGCGGUUGCAGCACAGGCAGUUGCAGAGGCAGAGGCUGCCAUGGCAGCUGCUGAAGAAGCUGCAAAGGAUGCAGAGUUAGCCGAAGCCGAAGCAGAAGCAGCUCAAGCUUUUGCAGAAGAAGCUUUAAAGACGCUGAAAGGAGGAUACAACAACUGCAAGAUGGUUCGUGCCUAA